GUUACCAACUAAUGUCAGAAAAUGGCUGCAGGAACUGCACGUUACAAAAGAAUUUUGCAAUUGUUGGAUAAAUGGCCUGCCGAAGAGGGUAAAAGUGGCAGAGACCUGGGCGAGUUUCUUCGAAACAAAAUUAACUUUGCAUAUAAGCAAGAUAAGUUUAACGCAAAUCAAAAGUAUUGGGAUAGCCAGUACCUAUCAUUGCAACGUCUAGUUAAUAACGAUCAUAAACAUAGGUAUCCCAGAGUUUUAAAUUCAUCUGCUACUGGUUUGACUGCAGAGCAGUGUAAAGUAGCCUUAUCAAACGAAUUUCUGCAACAGUUACAAGAAGAAGACAAACCGUUUUAUAAAAAAUUGUUUACUUCAAAAACAAAGAAUGAAUAG